AUGGUCGCAAUUACGCUUUCAGGGCUCAAGUCCCUGUUAAUUUUCUUUGGCCCGAUGCUCCUGCCAAAGGUCAUCCAGCUGUACAGAUCCAUCCGCGCCUCUUCCCGCAACCCACAUGGCCGUAUUCGCCCCAUGCCUCCAGGCGUCGGCGUUGCGCUCAACGUGCUGUAUGCGUUCGCCAUCCUCGCAUUCGCCGCCUCCUUCCCGCACUUUGCUCCCGAAAACGUCUUCCAAGCAACCUCCUCGCGCCUGCAGAUCCCCACCGAUACACUGUUUGUUCGCCUUGGCAAACUCCGGCCGCUGAGCCCGGUCGAUGAGGCGCUAAAGUCCAAAUUUGUCAACCUCGAGUCCAGACUACUAUACUUGGCAUACGGCCCGUCUGUGCUGGCCACCUGCCCCUUCUGCACUUCGGAUGAGCCCUCGAGCUACUUCUACUACGCGUUGCCCUCGAUCCUCGCACCACACCUCCUUCAUCUUGCCGUGCUUGGCCUCGUUACGUCUUCGGUCAUCUCUGGUCCCGAGGGUGCGCGGUGGAGGACCUGGGCUGCAAUACUCGGCGUAGCUCUUGCAGCGCUUGAGGUGUGGGCGACUGGUACAUACAACUACAAGCAGAAUUCAACCGCGCUGCGCCUGGGCGACCUCGAACCAUUCUACUGGCGCAUGCGGUCGUUGCGCUACAUCGGGUUUGCCCUGAUGGAUGGUCUACUGGGCUAUGCCAUGUACUUGACGUCGACUAACCGCUGGCUGGCCAUGCCACCAACAAUCUCAGAGCGCCUCGAGGAGAACACACGGAUCAUCGAGAGUCUGAGAGGCAAGCUGAGCAUGCUCGGCGCCAUGAAAAACACAGUGGCUCGUGACAAAGGGUUGCGCGAGCGCAACGCAGCUUACUGGGUGGAUGAAGGCCAGUACAUGGGGGAGAUAUUCGAGGAUAGAGAGGUGGUGGACGGCAUGCAGAACGCGCUAGAGAGAGUGAACGUGGAGAUGAUAGAAAGCCAGGCGGGUGGGAUGGCCGACAGCAUCUUUCCCGCCGACGAUCGGCCCAUUUUUCCAGUCAUACCGCAGCCCAUUGUCGUCUACCAGCGCCCUCACCAGUACAGACCCCGAUACCACACCAACAUGUCGACCUUUGGCACGCACUUCCGCGUCACUACCUAUGGCGAGUCGCAUUGCCUUUCCGUGGGCUGCAUCGUCGACGGCUGCCCGCCCGGCAUGCAGCUCACUGAGGCGGAUAUCCAGCCCCAGAUGACCCGUCGUCGCCCGGGACAGAGCGCAAUCACAACCCCGCGAAACGAAAAGGACCGUGUCGAGAUCCAGUCGGGCACCGAGUUCGGUGUGACGCUGGGCACGCCCAUCGGCAUGCGUGUCAUGAACGAGAACCAACGCCCCAAGGACUAUGGCAACAGCACGAUGGAUCUGUACCCGCGCCCAAGCCAUGCCGAUUGGACGUACUUGGAAAAGUAUGGUGUCAAGGCAAGCAGCGGUGGCGGCCGCAGCAGCGCGAGAGAGACGAUUGGACGCGUCGCUGCCGGAGCGAUUGCUGAAAAAUACCUGCGCCAGGCGUACGGCGUGGAGAUCGUCGCCUUUACUGCUUCCAUUGGCAAUGAGUUCCUCUUCCCGCCUACCCCCGAGCACCCGACCGCCUCGACGAAUCCCGAAUUCCUCAAGCUCAUCGAUGAGAUUAGCCGCGAGAAGGUCGACUCGUUCCUUCCCGUGCGCUGCCCCGACGACGAUGCCAGCGAGAGGAUGAAGAAGCUUGUGGAGCGUUACAGGGACCAGCAGGACAGCAUCGGCGGCACGGUGAGCUGCGUGAUACGGAAUGUUCCUUCUGGUCUCGGCGAGCCGUGCUUUGACAAGCUCGAGGCCAUGCUUGCACAUGCCAUGCUUAGCAUUCCUGCCACCAAGGGCUUCGAGAUUGGAUCCGGCUUUGGCGGCUGCCAGGUGCCUGGCUCUAUCCACAAUGACCCGUUCAUUAAGGCGGACUCGGGUGAGGGCCGGCCGAGGCUGACUACUAAGACGAACAACUCGGGUGGUAUUCAGGGCGGAAUUUCCAACGGCGCACACAUCUAUUUCAAUGUCGGCUUCAAGCCGCCAGCCACCAUCGGCCAGGCGCAGCGCACCGCUACGUAUGACGAGGAAGAUGGCGUUCUGGAGGCCAAGGGACGGCACGACCCUUGCGUGGUGCCUCGCGCCGUGCCGAUUGUUGAGUCUAUGGCGGCUCUUGUGCUCAUGGAUGCGGUUUUGACCCAGCAGGCGCGACAGACGGCUCGCAGUCUGCUACCUCCACUGAAGCAGACGGUCCCGUUGACUGGAGGAGGUGCUCAGGCUAAUGGCGAGGGUGCAAGGAUUGAGGCUGAUCGGUAG